AUGGGACUGGAGGCGGCUAACAAUGAUAUCGAUGAGCUUGUGGAAAAGCACAGCCAAGAGCUGACCUCAGAAGAGCUUACGCAGUUGCAUUUUGUUUCAAAGCAAGAAGUUGUGGAGACUUUGUCAGAGGAGGAGAUAACAGCAAAGCAACAAUCUUCUGACGCAAUAAGAGAAAUGCUGAAAGCAUGGGAAACUGUUGCAUCAUUCUUAAGACAGAUUCUUCAAAAAUUGGAUGAACGUCUUCAACAAUUGGGGCCUGAUGAAAAUCUUCGUUCUUUUUCAACCUUACGAAGGAAUGCGUUUAGAAAAGUAAAACGUCCUUGCUUCAUAAAUUUACCUGGAUCAGAUUGUGACAACAUGGAUAUUGCUGGAUUGGCUAAAGAUCAAGGACAUUGGGCUGGUGCCUUGAGUCCUGGAAAGAAGAGAAGGAAACGUCCUUGUUCUUUUAACUUACCUGGAACGAGUUGCGAUAAUUCUGAAAUGAUUGGCACAGGUAAAGAUACUGGGCACUGGGCGAGUGAAAUUAGUCCGGGAAGGAAAAGAAGCAUUAAGAAAUUGAGAGAUUUACUACAUGAUUAAUACUUAACAAAGCUAUAUAGAGCCCAAGAACUUCUCUCCUCGUAUUUCUGGCUCAUCAAAUUAUCAUUAACCAUUUACAAAUUACAAAAUUCAAAUUAAUAUAUGAUAAUUAAUUAAAUGUUUUAAGUUAUUUCUUUCAAUAAUUAAUAA